AUGAGUGCCAUCGACCUCGAAGACAACGACUGGGUUGAUGACGUGCAGGAUUUGGAUUUCUUUGACGAUGACGAUGAUGACUGGGAUUUGGACGACCUCAUCGCCAACCCGCAAAAUGAGGCCCAGCGGAUCUAUUUCGACAACGUUGUCGCUCGCGAAGAGAGAACAGAGGAAGAGAUCGAGGCCCUUGGUAUCCGGCCCGAUGUCCCUUCCAUCGUCCUCCACAUGACCCGCUGGGAGGAGGAGGCUCGCUCGGUUGUUGCCAACGGGAGAAUCAUCCCUACCGUGUCUAACCUUUCCGACAGAGUCCAGCUCGUCUACCACGGCCGUCCCAAGGAAUUCGCCUUCUCUGACGAGGAAGAGUCCGAAGAUGAGGCAGCCGUCCUUGGCAAGAACGAAGAGGAGUUUGAAGCCACCUGGGAGUCACAGCUGAUCGAGCACGGCCUCGAGAACAACAACCCCUUGCUGCAGAGGGAAUACCGUGCCAUCGCGAGGGAACGUUUCCUCUCCCUGAAGCAAUCGAUCAAAACCUGGCAAAAGGCACAACGGGCCCCCAAACGUCCCAAACCGACCAUCGACCUGCUGUCAACCCUCUGCACGACCCCCGAGCUCCUCAUCGAAGUCUGCAAGCACCUCCGCCCCAAAGACCUCGUCAACCUCCACGCCCUCCACCGCGGCUUCCACAACACCCUCAACCACAACAUGCGCAAGUUUGUCUAUGCCUGGUCCCGGCACAUGGCCCCCGUGGCCUCGAGGAUCUACUCGUCCCCCGUCUACGCCCACUGGUUCAUCCCCGACCCUCUCGGCCGAAAGUGCACCCGCUCCGACCACGAAAUCUCCCUCCCCCGACCGGGCCAGGCCUGUCUGGGGGAAGACGACAUGCACGUCAACUGCGACGGGAGCAAAACCCGUCUUGUACCAGGCCUUCUCUGGCUGCAGCACGUGGUGCAAAGGGAGGUUCGCGUGCGUGACGUGCUCGCCGUCCUCGCCAGACACGGUCAUCGCACGCUCCCGGAAACGGACGCCACCCUCCAAAAGAUCUGGCUGGUGUUAGAGUGCCCUACCAACAGGAUGAGACUCACCCUCUUUUGCAACGAGAGCUUCCUCACCGACGAUGAUCUGUACCGCUUCCAGCUGUUUUUUGUAAAGUUGGUCCUCUUGUUCAACGAUCCCGUCUUUGGGCCGGGGUCGACUGUUCUGGCGAGGUUGUUUAUGGGGCAGAGGGGGCUGAGUCCGCUGUGGAAGUUUUUGAGGAGGAAGGGGUACACCACCGAGGCGGGGAUACAUCAGCUGAAGCUGAGGUAUGACGUGCCGCCGAAGAAUAGGGAGAUAUGGAGUGGGGAGCCGGUGAUGGGGGUGCAGAUUUAUGACAUGGGGGUCGGGCAGUUUGAGGGGUGGGAGAGGGGGGGGACCGAGAUUCUCAUGAGGCCGGAGGAGCUGGUUGUUAUGGAGGGGGGGAGGAGGGGGCUGGGGGCGAUGUGCGGGUGGGAGUGUUUGUUUGGGAUGAUGACGUAUGGACAUGUCGACUACGAGACUGGGGAUAAUCUGGUGCCGAGUUUGGAGGAGAUGUACAUGAGUGAUGAGGACGAGGAGGAAAAGACUGGGCUGGAACGAGUGGCGGGUUUGCACGAGAAUGAGAUUGUCAACGGGAAGUGCGGGAAUGUGCCCUUUGAGAGGGGGAUGUGGCAGCCCAAGCAUGCGAGGAAGGUGAGGUGGAAGGAGUUGACGGACGAGGAGAGGGAGGAGAUGAUCAAGGAAGAAGAGAAGGAGAUGGCGAGGAAGGAGAGGGUGAACAAGGGGAUGGAUAUGUAUAGGUUGGCGAGGAGGAAGUUGGAGGAUGUGUAUAACAUUACGGCUAUGGGGUUUAAGGGGAAGAAGUUUAAGAUCAAGGUGCCGGAUCCGAAGGUGGACUGGAAGGAGGAGACGGCUGAGAUUCACCGGCAGGUGCUGUUCAGGAUGAAGGCUGCUAUGGCGGCGGCUACGGUGGUGUCUAGUGAUGAGUCGGAGUCUCCACCUAGGGCCACGAAACUGCCCAGGCUGGAGGAUGUUGGUGUUGUGAACGAUCAGGUCGUUGAGGCUGCGCCUGGGAACAUGGACGAUGAUAGGGACACUAACAUGGACCAGGACAUGGCCGAGAGCGUGGAUAAGGAUAUGGACGUGGAGAUGGAAAUCAUUGACCCAGACCAUAACACGGGCGAAGACGAAGGCUACGACGCUGAGUCGGAAGAGUUUGACGACGAAGGCUGGGAGGAGUUCGAGGAUGGCAAAAUGGAAAUCGACAGCCCCCCUUUCACUGUUGUUCUCCGUCCAGCACCACCACCACCACCACCUCCUCCUCCUCCUCCUCCUCAUCUUCAGUCCCCCCCUCCCCAAGCCCUAGCUGACGUCAUCAACCACGACAACCACCUCGACACCAUCUGGUCCUCACCCCCCAACUCUGCCCCCCAAAACCCAGCCUCAUUCAAUGCCCUUCCCAUAUCAGAGCAGUACCCCAUUCUAUUCGGCCCUGAGCUCCCUUCCUCACAAAACCUAUCCCCCUCUCACGGCGCCCACGCCAUCAGUCAAGCGACCACUCACCUUCCCCCCGAACAGCACCUCUGGGAUCCCUCCAACAUCACCCUCCACCAACACUCCCCCCCAGACGCUAACUCCUCCUCCGACCUCGACUUCAACGACUUCGAACUCGAGACCAUCCCCAUCCCCCCCGAAGAAAUUAGUACCUUCAUGUCAGGCCAAUACAUGACACCACCCCCACCCUCAGACUCGGACUCAUUCGGCACCCCCUCCUCGCCUCCCCCCUUAUCCUCAUCCUCCUCAGAACCACCCCCCUCGCCAUCCCCUUCCCCCCAGCCCCAACCCGAACAACCCCCCCCACUCCACUUCCCCGGAAUAGCACCACUUGACCCAUCCGCCCCCCCACCCCCCUCCCCCGACUUCCACCUCUCACCCCCGUUCCCCAUCCAACCCCCCUCCCCCUCCGACUCGGACCUCACAACUCUCGACUCACACCCUCCCCCACUACCCCCCUACCUCCAACCUCUAGAAUCCAUGUCCGUCCCCGAAGCAGAGCAAUCCAUCGCACAAGUCGAAGACGAAGAUCUGAUGGCUCUCGCAGACAUCCAAUACGACUCGGCGACCGAAGCCGACGUCAACGAUCCGGACGGGGGUGUCGACUGGGAGCAUUACGUCAAUAACCUUGAUAUGUACCGUUCUGGGCCGGGGCAGUCGUGGUGUUUGCAGCGGGUGCCUGUCCAUCCUGAUUGGGCCGAGGAGCAGCGGAAAGAAGAGGAGUAUACAAGAGAGAGGGAGAGGAUAAAAAGUAGGUUGGACGAGAUCAAACCGGAUCUAUGGCGGGACUGGACGGAGGGCGCGUUGGGGGAGCAUUGUCGGUUGGGAGCUGAGUUGGGGAGGUUGGAGGCGGAGAGGCAGGGGAGGGAGCAGCCGCCACGGGACGAGCAGCAGGUGGAGUGGGAGGAGCAGGAGAAGUCCAUGAUACAUGGCCGGAUGGGGCAGUUGAGAAGAGAGUUGUAUGGGGAGGAUGGGGCGACGGAGGAGCAUGAGAGGUUGGUGGGCGAGUUGAUGAGGUUGGAGGAGGGGUGGCGUCAUGAGUGGGAUGGGGAGAGGGAGUUGGGGGGAGACGUUGAGCUGCAGAGGCAGCAGUCAACAACUACUACCACUCAGGGUCAGCCUUCCACAUCCCCGAGUCAACAAUCCAGCAAGCAGAAGACCAGCACCCAAGGUCAACAACAACCCAGGAUCCAACUCCAACACCCACCACACGGCACCCUCCUCCCAAACAUGGAAACAAUCCGCCGUCAACGCUGGCCCUCCCCAACCAACGACUUUUGGGAGAGUCCCAGGGUCAGAAAGGCAAGAGACUGGUACUCACCGUGGUGA